UCCUGAGUCAGCUGGCUUCAGCAGAGGGUGAACGCUGCUACUGGAGGCGCCGUAGCCCGUAGAAACCUUGUGUGUGUGAGUGUGUGUGAGCGUGUGUACGUGUGUUUGUGUGUGUGUGAGAGUGGACACAGAUGGGAAAGCGACUGAGUCAGAAAGGCUGCCUCCCAUCGCUGUCCUUCGCUCCUCUGCUGCUAUGGAGAUCCAGCAGGCUGAAUCACAGCAGCGACCGCACAAAGAGCUGAGGUAGAAGUGUGUAUGCUGAGCUAGCAUGGACAAUGCAUGCAAGAGAUGGUGGUCAUCUGGCUAUCGGGCUGUUGUGUUUCUCCACACGCUGGCCUUCUCCUACACAGGUGCCGUCGAACCCGCCCCCAAAAUUGACGGACAUCAUCGGGCGGCGGUAACACUAAGAGAAAACAUGACACACAGGUUCCUCUGUCAAUCAGACGGAUGGGAUCGCGAAGCCCCGCCCUUGCUGACCUGGUACCUAAACGGGGAGCCGCAGAGGGUGGUCUCUCCAAAAGGUGGUCAGGUGAUGACCACGCCUCAUAAAAGGUCUGAGCUCAGGAGAUUAGGAGCCAAUCACAGCAACAGCUCCUUUGCGCUCCGGGCCAGGAAGUGGGACAGAGAGCUGGUGUGCGUGGCGUUGGACCCCAAGUCUGGCACCAGCUACAAUGCCACGGUCACCCUCAAUGUCCAGUUUCAGCCUAAGAUCCUGCGGGUCAACGCACACUACAGUGAAACCUCAGACCCGGGCCUCUUCUUAGUCCUCUUUGCUCUGGUUCAGUCCAACCCGCCUGCCACCUUCGCCUUCGUGGACCAGGCCGGCCAGCUGGUGGCGAACACUUCGGACGUCCUCCUACUCGACUCGCACAACUACCCCUGGCUGACCAAUCACACGCUGAAAGUGAUGCUCAGCAGCCAAUCGAGGAAUAUCUCGCUGAACGCCAGCAACAGCGUGGGCACGGCGCAAAGCAACCUCACACUGGCAGAGUUCCUGCAGUCUCGUGUGGAAGUGCCGAUGCUGGGAAUCGUAACUGGCGGGGCGAUGGCCUUCAUGGCUCUUCUCAUCCUCAGCCUGAUUGUCCUCUGCCUCAUGCAAAAAACAAAGAGCAAGUCCCUUGAUGAUUCAGUGGAGAUUGUGAUGACCAAGAAAAGUGAAUCGACCAACCUUAAAGCAGUGAGGGCUUACAUCCCAAGAGAGAACAUGUCGCUGCCCUCCAACAUGCAGCUCCAUGACCUCAGCACGUUGAAAAAAGCACGGGAGACUGCACAGCAAAGCGGUGGCGGACAGAAGAAGAAAGAAGAGGAGGAUGAAGACUUGUCUUUAGCGUAUGCUGCCAGAGGGUUUGCCAGAUAUCCCAUGGUGGGUUACAUCUACAAAGUGAACAGCACAAGCAGUGAGGAGAUCUGGCUGUGACGGACCUCCAAAGCAAUACACAUAUUAUACUGUAUGUGCAUGUAUGACUAUAGUUUUUAGAGGUUAAGUUGUGUCUUUAUUACCGAAGCUUUCUUUUGGACACUGAAUUUAUAUAGCAUCAUUUAUUUUGCAUUUGAAUGUUGUGAAUUUAAUUUUUUUUUUUUUUACAUCAAAUUAUGCUGACAAUCUCAUUGAAUGAAAAAUUGUGAGAAAAAAUUGUGUUUAAAAAUUCAGUUUGUAAAAAUAGAGCGUAUAAAAAUUCAAUGUAUACAGUGUUUUAGAAUUCAGUGUAAAAAAAAAUCAGUGUAUUAAAAUUCAGUGUAUAGGUUAUUUAAAAUCAGUGUAUAAGAAUUCAACGUAAAACAGUUACUUAUUCAGUCUAUAAAAAUAUAAUACAAAAAAUAUAUAAAAAUGCAGUGAAAAAAUUAAUGUAUUAAAAUUCUGUGUAUAAAAAUAUAACAUAAAAAUAUAAAAAUGAAGUGCAAAAAUUAAUGUAUUAAAAUUCUGUGUAUAAGAAUUCAAUGUAAAAUAAUUAAUUGCAGAAAUACUUCUUCAAAUUUAAGACUCACUCCAGGUAAAUUAAAAAUGGUUCUGUGACAGGACCGAUUGCUUAACUUACUUUGAGUGAGUAUUGAGUUUUGAAGCAAUGAAUAUGUUUGCACCCUUAGUUUUUUGAAUACACUGAAUUUUUACACAUUGCGUUUCAAAACACUGUAUUUGAAGAAACUCACUUUUUAAUCACACAGAUUUUGCUCACACAUGUUUAUUCAAUUAAUAUUGAAUUAGAAAAUGUGGUUCACAAAAUUCAAACGCAAACAAUUUGUUAUGAUCCGUUGCCAGUUGUUCUGUUAGUUUGACUUCCUCAGUUCUGUUUUCAGCACCCCUGGGUUUGUGUUUUGGUUUCCAUGGGUGCUGAUUAGUUUCACCUGCCUCUGAUUAGUGUUCGGGACGCACACCUGCUCCUGGGCACAAAUCAGAGAGCUAAUCAGAGAGCUACUUAUUCCUGUAGUUCGCCACAGAUGGUCUCCUCCCAUGACUUUUUAACUUUCUCUUAGUUUUUUUCAGGGGACAUCUGGCCUU